CCCCACCUCCCAGCUUCACAUCAGUAGCAGCAUCAUCAUCACCACCAUGUCUCGUCGCAAACAAUCUAACCCCAACAAAGUCAAGCAUUUCCAGCAUCUGCAGUAUUUUGCUUUUAUCUGAGGCUCGGUACUCUGAUUCAAUUAUCCACCGUGUCCCUCAGUGGGAGACAAUGGGCCUGAGGGAAAAGGUGAUGUGGGUCAACCAUCUCGUGCUACACUGACAACAUUGUUCGAUGGGAGUGGAAACGAGGAAGAAGAUGAUGCUGAAAUCGAGCCUAAAACUCAUACGGAAAAUGGAGCAGAAAGCGAGACCGAGGUAAUCCCCACCAGCAAGGGGGCAGCAGUGAUUUUGCCAAACAACCCCGAAAGUGACGAUCUGUCUUCCGUAAAGUCCAUGAUGUCGACGGUGAUGAACGUGGGAAGUCUCAGUGGGGAGGCAGGCGAGCCCCCAAGUAACAAAAGCCCCUUGAAGUCUUCAGCUCGAACUGGGAAGAUCAAGCAGGAAGCCAAAGAAGAGAAGUCUUUCUUUACUUGUCCUCUGUGUGAGAAGAACUGUGGAACACAGCACCAGUUAACCAUGCACAUUCGACAGCACAACACUGAUGGCGGAGGGAACACCCAUUCUUGCAGUAUUUGUGGAAAGUCCCUGAGCUCUGCCAGUUCUCUAGACCGCCACAUGUUGGUCCAUUCUGGGGAACGACCGUACAAGUGUACAAUCUGUCACCAGGCAUUCACCACCAACGGCAACAUGCACAGGCACAUGAAGAUCCACGAGAAAGAGCCCACCAGCUCGAUGGGCUCAAGCCCCCCGUCCCCCACCAAACGCCGAAGGCUCUCGGUCAAAAGGAAACUGAGCCAGGAAGAAGGGGAGACGAAGGAGGAAGAAUCGCUCGGCAAAAAGGUUCCCCGAGAGAUUCCCUCCGAUGAAGAGGAGGAGAAAAAGACCGAAGAGGUUCUUCACUGUCCAAUAUGUUACAAGACUUUCAUCUGCAAAUACGGACUGGAGACCCACAUGGAGACGCACCCUGAUUCCAGUUUGAGGUGUAACCUCUGCUGUAUCUCCUUUAAGACACACCGCGGUUUGCUACGUCAUAACACCAUAAUCCACAAGCAGCUUCCAACAGACGUUUCAGGAAAGCCUUAUAUCCAGAACAAUCCCACAAUUCCCGUGGGCUUCCAUGACCUUGGAUUCAUCGACUUCUCCUGCCGGAAAUUCCCUCUUAUUUCUCAGGUCUGGUCCGAACUGAACCUGAGGAGAUGCACGAGCAAGUUUCACCGGUUUGUUUGCGAAAUGUGUAACAAAGCCUUCCCCAUGCUGGCGGCUCUCAACCUGCACCUGGAAACCCACAGAGGACAACUGGAAGGAGGGCAACCCAGGCCAGAGCCUCAGCACCCACCCGACGUGGACUUAAAGCAGAAAAGCUUCAUGGCAUCGCUGGGCCUACAGCAUGCCAAAGAGGCGAAGGCCGUGAGACGAGGGGAUAACACCGAAUUUGAUAUCCACAGUAUAUGGGUGGAGACGUCUCCGUGGAAACUACCUCAAGAGGCCAACUGUGCUACUGUGAACGAUCAACCACCCUUAGACCUGGCUUCGCUGGGAGCUAGCCUGUCCUCUCUCUCACCAAUUCAGGACAAGGUUAAGAUCUUGUCCCUGCAGUCCUUCCAGAAAGGUUUUAUAAUCCAGCCAGAUAGCAGUAUCGUGGUGAAGCCCAUCUCCAGUGAGUCCGCCAUCGAGUUUGCUGACAUUCAGCAGAUCCUGAAAAUGGCUUCCUCUGCUCCCUCUCAGAUCAGCCUCCCGCCGCUCUCCAAGGCUCCAUCCACCCCGACGCAGUCCAUUUACAGGCAGAUGCCUCCGCUCAAGCCAAAGCCCCUGGUGGCCCCGUGCACCGUCGUGGUGACCUCCACCCCGCCCCUGCUCAUGAGUGCCCAGCAGGCUUUGCCCGGCUGCGUGAGCCCGAGUCACCCCCCUCCCCCACUGAAGCUGGUGAAGUCGGCCACUGAUCCAGCGUCCGGCCCUCAGGACCUGAAGUUGAAGCCCCUGAAUGGAUCACAGCCAUUUGUCCAGCCAAAGACGGAGCCCCUGAGUCCGAUUGAGAUGAAGACUCAGCUCGAGCAGGACAGUCUUAUUGAGGCGUUGAUGCCCAUGGAGGUGAACGGGGCCAUCAAGCAGGAAGUCAUGGACGGAGACCUCCAAGACAUGAUGACAGGGACGUCCAGCAAGAAGGUGCCGGCGUUAAAGAAAGUCUUGUACCCUUGUCGUUUUUGCAACCAGGUGUUUGCUUUUUCUGGCGUGUUGAAAGCUCACAUUCGCUCGCACCUAGGCAUCUCGCCGUACCAGUGCAACAUCUGCACGUACAUCGCCGCAGACAAAGCUGCACUAAUCCGACACCUCCGCACACACAGCGGGGAGAGGCCGUUCAUCUGUAAAAUCUGCCACUACCCUUUCACGGUCAAAGCCAACUGUGAGCGGCACCUGCGCAAGAAGCACCUCAAGAUGACCCGCAAGGACAUCGAGAAGAACAUCGAGUAUGUGGAGAGCCACACUGCCGAGCUGGUGGACUCCUUCUGCUCGCCGGACACUGUCUGCAAGUACUGCGGCGAGGACCUCAAGUACUACCGGGCCCUGCGGCACCACCUGCGGACACACAGCAGCUGUCAGAAGAAGCCCUUCGAGUGCCGGGAGUGCAACAUGGGCUUCUCCACAAAGAACAACUGCAUCCGGCACAUUCUCAAGCAGCACACGCACGUCGAGGAGAAGGAGAUGGAGAAACACAUCCUCCUGGUCGACUGCCUUGUGGGCGAGAACGGCGCGGCCUCCCCCACCUUAUCCGAGGAGAGCGUAUCUGCGGGCGGCUCUCCGGUGCCCUACAAGGAGCCUCACAACGGAUUCCUGCAUGGUCCACUGCCACAGAGUUCCUUAAAGAUGGAGCCCAUGGGGAUCUUUUCAAUGGACUUGGACGAACCUCUGGACUUUUCUCAAAAGAACAAAAAUGUCUCUUUGCACCCGUACAACCAGGAGAGUCACUUGCUCAGGAAACUCAUCUCACCCAUCGCACAGUUUGACAGCACCCUGGAGCCCAUAGACUUGUCGGUCCCCAAGAACCCCCCGAAGGACAAAACGAACCUCGGCAAGGAGAACAAGGACGAGAGCCAGCCCGCUGUCAACGGCGGCUCGUUCAACUGCCCGCCGUACCCCUCAGCCCUCCAGGCAAAGCCUAACCCCGAGAAGCACGUAAGUACGAAACACUCGCCUCAGUUACAGGGCCUGAUCCCCGCCCUGAGUCCCGCCAGUAUCUCCGCCGUGGUUACCGGCGCCAGCCUGCUGCGCCCCCUGAGGCCCAAGCCGCCUCCCCCGUUGCUCCUGCCCAAACCUGCAGCCGCGAAAGAGCUCCCGCCCUUGGCGUCCAUCGCGCAGAUCAUUUCUUCCGUCUCGUCCGCUCCGGCCCUCUUGAAGAGGGACGUCAAGGAUGGCGCCGAGGCCACGAAGCCCGUCUCGUCGCCCGACCAGGCGGAGGGCUCGAGGCCUGCCCUGGCAACCAAGGCCCCGGCCCAGACGGGGACCAACGGCGCGGUGAAGGCUUUGGCCCAACCACGCGCCAUGGAGAAAGCUGCGGCGGGCCUGGUGGGGCCAGGCAAGAGGAAAGGGAGAAGGCGAGGCAUCCGGUACAAGAGAAUACGGCCCAGCAUCACCAGCAGCAGCAACAACGUGGAUCCAGAGUCCAGCGGGGAGUUCGCCAGCGUGGAGAAGAUGUUGGCCACCACCGACACAAACAAGUUCAGCCCUUUCCUGCUGUCCACCAGCGUCAAAGAGGAACCCAAUAAGGAGGAGAAGACUCCUGAGGAAAACGGGAAGAGAGACCUGAAGAUCCUGAAGGGGAAGAAGAAUUCCUAUUCCAACUCCGUGCAAAAAAUUACUUGCCCAUACUGUCCACGCCUGUUCCCAUGGGCCAGUUCGUUGCAGCGCCACAUGUUAACCCACACAGGUCAGAAGCCCUACCCCUGUCCUAAAUGUGACGCUUUCUUUUCCACCAAAUCUAACUGUGAACGCCACCUCUUGCGCAAGCAUGGUGUUGCCAACCGAUCACUGCGAAGAAAUGGCCUGAUUGCCAGAUCCAAACCAACUGAUGCAAAGCCCCUGGAAAGCACAGGUACCCAUCCUGAGUCAGAGUCGGCAGCACCGACAACGGCUCCGGCUCCGGCUCCAGCUCCGGCUCCGGCUCCGGCGCCGACUUGUUCCUCGCUCGGUGCCGCGGGGGCCGACGGGGUCAAGCCGAGGGCAGAACCCCCGCCGGCGGACUCGGCGGAGGGAGGCAGGAGGAAGGAUGGGAAGGCGGAGCAAGAGGCCGAGGAGGACACGCAGAGCAACAAGAGCCUGGACCUCAACUUUGCCAGCAAGCUCAUCGACUUCAAGCUGGAGGGCCCCGAGCCGAGCGGCAGCACCGGCGGAGCCAACGCGCAGCAAGAGGGGCGGAACACCUGCACCGUCUGCGGCAAGACCUUCAAGUACGCCGCCACCCUGGCGCGCCACAGGAAGGCUCACGCCUGCGAGCACCGGAGAGGGGACGGCGCCAAGGGAGGCAAGAGGGUCCCAAGGAGCGCGUCCGACAGGGAGGGGGCAGCGGCUCCGGCUCCUCCUCCUCCUCCUCCUCCUCCUCCUCCGGCAGCGGCCCCGCGCGGACGGGUGGCCCGGAGCCCAGAGGGGUCCGGGGUCAGAGGCGAGAGCCCCCCUCCUCCCCGGGACAGGCUGGCGGAGCGGCGGACCCUCGCCGACAAGGCAGCGGCGGCGCCGGCGGAAUGCGGCGGCAACGGCCAGGAGAGCGAGCAGAGCGCCAGCGAGGUGACCGCCGAGCAGCAGGGCCUCAAGAAGGCAGCGGCCAGCGGAUCGGCGAAAGCGGACAAGCGGAAGAAGAUCUGCAUCGUGUGCAACAAGCGGUUCUGGUCCCUGCAGGAUCUGACCCGUCACAUGAGGUCACACACAGGUGAGCGGCCUUACAAAUGCCUGACCUGCGAAAGGACCUUCACCCUGAAGCACAGCCUCGUCCGACACCAGCGCAUCCACCAGAAAGGGGUCAAGGUGACCAAGCGGCACCGGGGCGAGAACGAUGGCGACCUGUCCAAGGGCGACGACGACAGCGAGAGCGAGGCCGACCAGGCCGGGUACGGCCAGCUGUCGGACAACGAGAGCGAGACGGUCACCAGCCUCAGCCUCAGCAACGACUCCCCUCCGCCCCUCAGCCUGGCAGGGAGCCCCCUGACCGCCGCAGCCAGCCAGUCCCCAGGCCAGCUGGGCAGCAAGGCGGCCGACCCCGAGAGCAGCCCCCACCUCCCGGCGGCCGUGAAUGGCCUGCGCCAGGGGACCUUCCUCAUUCAGGGCAAAGACCAGGGAUCGCUCAAAAGCUCGGAAAAGGCGCUCACCGAUUCCACGGGCCCCCCCAACAUCAUCCAGAACCUGCUGGGGAUACGCAGCGGGUCACCCAUGAACCAUGUCCUCAGUUCAGUGGAGUCAACCCCGCGCCUGCUGGGAGUGGAGUAACGUGACCUCCAAGGAACUGGAGCUUUUUUUUGUUGCUUGCAAGCUGUGCCACAGUACUUUGGAAAUUUGACCCUCUUGUAUCCUGAAAGCACAGAGCAGGGCGAGGCUACUGCGGUGGAUUGUUCUAGUCCGUCUUGUGUGCGAGUGGAUUUUCCAUUGUUGUCCUGGUGCUACUGAACGCCUUAAGAGACACUGGAGUAAGAGGAAUCCAGUGCAACUCUUCCAGACUGCAUGUCGCAUCUUCCAAGUGCCUUACGACCUGAUCGCUGUGCACGUCAAAAGUUCUGUUCCAAAAGUGCUGGAAAAAUCCCUUCAGAGUAAAUGCAACAACACGAGCUAGCCUUUUUGAGAACAAUCUUGGGGAGUAUCAGAUUCCUUUUUUGUGAUGCGUUUUUAUUUUACAGUUGAUUUUUAAAACAAAAUAACACGUAAUGAUGGGGCAUCAAAAUGCACUUGGUAUAGGCUGUGCUUAGACUCUUAAUGAGGAACUACUGUACUAAGUCUUCCAGAAAGGCCUUACAGUGAUCAAUCACACUGACAAUCUCUGGGCAUGUUGUUCAUACAUAAAGAUAACAAACAUAGGGGCAAAAUAGCAAUUAUAGCUUUUGUUUUUUUUUUGUUUCUUUUGCAAAACAGAUAUGAUUUUGUUCUCCAUUUAUGGCGUGCACAACAGUGCGGUCUUGUUUCUUUUUUGUAAUUUGGUCUUUUAAGAUGUAUUUUGAUUAAGGUGGAACACGUUCACCACUGUCUGUGAAAAUCCAAGAUGGCUUCCGCAAAGUUCCCCACCCCCCCACCCACCCCCCUCUCCCCUCUCCAUUUUUACUGAGCAUUGGGUUGUUUUGGCUAGAAACAGAGAAAAAAAUGGGACUAAGAAGGUAAAAUUAAUUAGGAGACAAGUUUUCCUUUUUGUUAAAUCUUGUAACAGUAUGAAAUUCAGUGCAGAAAAAUUUUAAGGUUUUUUUUUUACACAAUUCUGCUCUCUAUGGUUUAUUACCCAAUGUGUCCUGGGGGAGCAGCCAUUAACCAACUAUAUAAUGCAGAACUGUAGCAAGGAAAAAUCUCGCAGCAUUAAGCUGGACAGUGUACUAGCAAUAAUCACUAUUGAUUUAAAGCUUUAUUUAGUAUUUGUCUGUACCAGCAAUAGUAGUUUAUAUGGCCCUCGCCACAUUUUUAUUGAAUCUUCUAUUAGUGGGUUUUAUUGUCUGGCUGAUGCGAAUCUGUUUUGUUUUCUUUUCCAAAAACUGUGAAAAGGAGAAAAAUCAUUUUGUGCUGAGUUAAUGGGUGAAUCUUAGAUUAGAUUGCAUGUGAAACUAAUUUGUUCAUCAGUUAUUUGUAAUUCUGACUGUCUCUCUCAGGGCUUUUCAACAACAAAAAAAAUUGCAUCUACUAAAUCCCUUUCUAGUUCCAAAAUUUCUUCCACCUAAGGACUUGAAGCUAGGACGAUUCAAUCACUACAUGGAGCACUUGACUGUGAAAGAAAAUAAAAAAAAGAUAAUUGGUUUACAGCUCGUUCAAAAAUAAAAGAAAAACAGUCACUUUUCACUGCAUCGCGAUUAAAGAGCUUUUUAUUACCAGAGGUUUAGUGAAUUAUUGUCUAUUUUCAAGAAGGAAUAAAAUUUUAAUGGGGGGAAAGAUAAAAGGAAAAAUAAGUAAUGCAUUAAUCCAGCAAACAUAUUGUAAAAAUCCAGAAUCCAUAUUUGUUCGUAAAGGGAAUCUUUACUGCUGCUACAUGUCAUGUACACAUCUGGUGUACGCCACAUGAACAGAGAAUCACAGAGUUUUGGUACUUACUUCCAAUGCAAAAUUUAAAGCUGUUCUGUAUCAAACCAUCUAAGCAAUAAAAUGUUAUACUUGA